CAGCCGAUGGAGAGAAAUAACCCCAACCUGGAAGCAGAAACAUUACUUUCCACUCAACGAAGGACUGGAAACCCGCCCAAGACAAAAAAAUACUAGACACAUAACUGCAAAAUGGCACAGCAGUACGGCCACAUAUCCGCCCAGUUUGAGAGCACCAUAUCAAGCUUCACUAACGAAUCGGGAUUCGUGGUGGUGCGCACCGCCUAUGCCGACGACGAUGCCACCGACGCUGCACAGUGGUCCACGGCACUUGCCAAGCUACAAGAACUCACACUGCCCUCCGACAAGUUCGCUCUUCCAGUCAUCGCCGAUCCAGCUCUCAAGGGAGCCUCGUAUGAUGCAGUCCGCACGGCCUUCAACACCUGGGUGAACAACUACGAGGAGGGGCACAUGUGGCAAUCAGACGUGCGUCGGGAUUGCUGCCUUGUCCUAGACGGCCCGGCACUAGCAUCACUCCUCCAAGCACCCGAGCAAGGGGGGAGUCCUAAACAAGCAACCGGGCAAACACGGAGGUCCAAACAACCCGCCCCAGUGCCGUGGGUCGUUGUUGUCGAUGGAAAUCAUCCUUCUACAAUACCUUAUAACGGAGGCGGACCGUAUCUGGGCUGGAUGCGGGUGCCUGCCCAUACAGUGGAAGAUCUAUUUGUGGACAUUGAGGUGACUUCGUUAGUAGAAGCGUGUCCGACACGGGUAUACGAUGGACAGCUACCGCUAUACGGCAGGGAGUUGAUUGAUCCUGAGGGAGGCGUCGAGGGCCGAUACAAGUUCCCUCAGGGCACCCCCCGAGGCGUAGACGCAGGCAACGCUAUGCUAGACGACAUUGAACGGGCUCUUGGUAAGGAGGCGGUCACACAGUCACGCGGCGUUAGCGGAAAAGUAAGACAGAGGGGUUCUGUUGCGUAAAACUCUUUAUAAUGUAAGUAUGUCAUGAUUAAGGGCAAGGCCCACGUUGGAGAUGCGAUGGCAAGUGGCUGGGGCGGCGGGGCGGCCGGGCUAUACCAUACGUAUGAUGGCGUGCAAGUGGACGUAAGUGGUAGGGCUCUGAUUGGAAAUAAGCUUGGUGGGAUGGACUUCUAGGAAUGCUGUAGUUUAUGUUAUGCACUCUUUAGAAGCCGAAUUUAUUCAGCCAUCAUUAUUAUCUAUUCAAAGCCGGAACUUAUAACUAAUCGGCG